AUGACUGCCACUCGAUCACCAAAGAAAUGUUCGCGCACGACAAAGACCUUGCAGCAACGUCAUAAAGUUUCAAUUCAAAAGCACAGUACAUCAUUACCCUCUUCUAUCAAGUCUAAAUCUCCCAAAGCGGUAGGGAGAAAAACAAAGAUACGAAAUUUCAAGCUUUUCACCCAACUCCCUAUCGAGCUCCGUUUGAAAAUAUGGAAAUAUGCCUCGGAAUCACCCCGUUUGAUACCUGCUUCAUGGAAAACCAAAGGGAACGAAAGUACUGUCCAGGUAUUUUAUGAGCUCUACGCAGGCCCCGUACCCACAGUCUUGCAGAUCAACCGCGAGUCACGAAACGAAGCUCUACGAUUUUACAAACAGAUUGGAAAACGCAUUAAUCUUAACGGCCCACUGUCUCAAGACGGUUCAAUCUCUCAAGAGGAGCGUUUGUAUAUUAAUGAGCAAGAUACAAUAUACUUUAUUGACAAUGCUACACGCUACGACCUCCUGAAAGCGCUGAGGGCUAUCAACAAAGCCAUGCCAUUGCAACGCUUCGCCAUCCGGGCCGAAAGAACCCAUGACAUGUGUCAUUAUUACAUGAGUCCUCCAUGGGCUGGGCCAGUCAAAUACAAUUUUCCCUUACUGGAUGCCCUGAGGCGGCUUCCCAACCUCGUUAACAUCAUCGUUACUGUUGAUACUUCACUAUUGUACAAUGCGAAAAGCCCUCAAAGGUACUUUCUGGAUAAGGUUCCGGCGAAGAGGCUCCAUUUCGCCAAUUUCCUUAACAAAGCAGUACGCCCUGAAGUAUUCCAGCAAUGCUUCGCCGAUAGCUUCAAGACCGUUGCAGCACAAGGGUAUCCUGCAUGGAGGAAAUUCUUGGAUAGCAACCCAGGCUGGAAACCUCCUAAAUUCGAAGUUCUUCAUGUCAAGCGGAGAUGA